AUGAUGGGCUCUAUAUCGACUUGUACACAAGGCGCGCCAGACUCCCAACUAGUAUUGAGUGACGCGCUUUGGAGAGAGAGAGUGCCGCACAUUAACGGAGAGAAUUAUUUCUUCUGGCCGUACCCGAUUCUAAAGAGGCUGAUAACGCGGGAGACAAUCAUCCGACAACUUGAUACCGUCAAGAUAGGACUGGAGGAUGCCGAGGCAUGCAGCGAUAAAAUUCUGGGCACCGACAAGACCUCAUUUCUUCGAGUCUUUGCAAUACUGGCUAUUGCAGAGCGAUCCGUCGAUAUCCAGGCUUUCAUAGACGCAGACUUGCAUGACGAACGAUUUCCUCUGGUACAAGGAUCUGAGCAUCAUCUUACUGCGCAGAUCUGCAUGGCAAAGCUAAGAUGGUCUCAAAUGCAGAGAGACUAUUUCAACAUCAACCAACUACGAAUGUCGCCGAGGUUCUUUGCACUGGAGGAGGAUUACGAAGCUCGGCACUAUGAUAUGCCCAAAGGACAGAUGCUCCCCUGGGUGCUUUGUCGAGACAGCUACGGAGUGCACGAAGAAACAUUGUCGGGCGGAUGCGGACAGGUAGUCAAGUACAAGAUUGACGCCAACUCACAUGGUUUUGCCCCGUUACUUGAAACGCUUGGAUGUUAUGGUACCUUCGUUGCCGUCAAGUCUUUGAAAGGUACAAAUAAGGAGAAAGGCAAGCCGAACAAAGAGUUGGAAAUGCUUAAACAGUUCAGCGGUCUUAGUCACCCCAAUAUCAUUACGCUUUUGGCCACAUACACGCUCAACAGCCGGUUUCACUUCAUAUUUCCAGCUGCCGAAUACGAUCUCCUUUUGUAUUGGAAAAUCCACCCUGGUCCACUCGUGAACCCGGCUUAUGUCAACAGCGAAGGCCUCUUAUGGCUGUCGGGACAAAUUCGAAACAUCGUCGGGGCUCUUGCGCAUAUCCAUGAGGGCAAAAAGGCACAUAUGAAUACGGAGACAAUGUUCGGAAGACACGGAGACAUAAAGCCUGCCAACAUCCUUUGGUUCAGAUCACGGAAAGAGCAGCGUGGUGUUUUUGUCAUAUCAGAUUUCGGUAUUGCAGAUGCCCACAGGGAAGAAACCAGAUCUAUUAUUCCUGCAGCUGAUUUUCCCGUCACACCAAGGUAUCGAGCACCCGAGUGCGAUAUUCGUGAUGGGCGGAUAUCCCGAGCAUAUGACGUCUGGAGUCUUGGCUGUAUGUUACUUGAAAUGGCUUGUUGGAUCCUUGGGGCGAACGAACUUAGAGAACAAUUCAAAGAGAUCUUGAUGUCGCCUUACAUCACCGGGGUCAAGACCGACAUAUACUUCGAUAUUCACUGGCUUGGGACUGGAGAGGGCUACAGACUUAGCGUGAAAGAACAAAUCGUUCAGGUAAGUCUCCCAACUGCUAAAUUUGACACUGCCUCUUUCUGA